ACAUUUUACCUAAACAGAAAACGUUUGAAUCUUCAUGCGUGCUCUACCCAGUGGACACUUAGUGACUUUUGAACAACUUCCCCUUGAAAAUAGUUACCGAAGCACAACUUCCGCGUUUAAACCAACCAGCUUUCAGUUUCACUGUAGUGCGUUCCCAAAGAUAAAACGCGAAGAGAAGCGUAAUGGAGCUGUUUUACGCAUAGAGAGCGAUCCACUCACGGUCCAGUCACACAAGAUGCGGCGAGGAAGCAUGUCUCAUCCUCCACAGUUAUCUGACCUGAAUAUUAUGCUGUUGGGUCUGACUGGAGCAGGGAAAAGUGCGUCAGGAAACACCAUCCUAGGUGGAGACAGAAAAACAUUCGAAGAACGUAAUUAUUUCACGUCUGAGACCAAACUUUGUGCACCAGCACAUACAGUGGUGGACAGACGAACUAUCACUGUGAUCGACACCGUGGGACUCUCUGAUACAGCUGUGAAGGUCACAGAUGUUCAAGCCCAAAUAGAGCAGACGAUACAGAAUACAAUACACUGA